AUGAGCUCAGAACCAUCAGAACCCGGUUCAAACACCUCAGCCACAUCCGGCUACACCCAGGGACACAGCGCCGCAGUCGUCGCCUCACACGCAUCCCGCACAGUUAACAACUCUGCUGCGUUCCUCCUCCCCCAUCUCAAACCCGAUUUCACAUUGUUAGAUCUCGGCUGCGGCCCCGGCACAAUCACACGCGGCUUCUGCUCCUACAUCCCCAGAGGCAGGGUCAUCGGGAUUGAUGCGGCCGAGUCGGUCAUUGAGCAAGCACAAGCAUUUUCCUCCGCGUCCACCAAGACAGAGUAUCCAAACCUCUCGUUCCAAGUAGGAGAUAUCACCGCCGCAUUACCGUUCGCAGAUGGAUCCAUUGACGUCGUCUACACGAGCCAAACGAUCCUGCACAUCCCGGCACCCGUCGCCGUCAUGAAGGAAGCCCACCGUGUCUUGAAGCCAGGCGGCAUGCUGGCCAUGCGUGAGACCGAUUCUAUGGUCUGGCAUCCCACCAACAGCGGCAUGGACGCGUACUGGGCGGCUCUGGGCAAGGCGGUCCCGCCUGGCGCCCAGGGGAUGGGCACGGGGCGACGACUCCAUGUUUGGGCGAAAGAGGCCGGCUUCUCCGCGGCGAAGAUGCAAGUUGGCACUGGGGGAAUGUGUUAUGCCGCGCCGGACUUGUCGAGGUGGUGGGCGGAUGUUCACGUCCAAAGGCUGCGUGGGGAUGUCGGGAAGAAGUGGGUGGAGGAUCUCAAGCUCGUGCGCGAUCAGAAUGAGAUUGACGAGAUGGUAGCGGGUCUCAAGGCCUGGGGUGACAAUGAGGAAGCCUGGUAUGCUGCCUUGCAAGGGGAACUGAUUUGCUGGAAGUAG